CUUUUAUGUGAAUUCAUAGAAUCUCUCUUCACAAUAUCUGUUGUGCAUUACAUUUACAGGUACAGGAUAUGUUUGCAGCACAUAUCUUAGUAAAGCACCCAGCUCCAUAGACAUUAUAAGAAUGUACAAUUUGAGUAGUGACAUGGCCAGCAGGAUUGUUCAGGCGCCACUUAGUGACCUAUGCUCAUUGCAAAAUCCUGGCAAUACCCCUUCUGUUGCCAAUGGUGGCACUCAGGGGGAGGUGAUCGAACCUAUUGUAGUAUCAGCUGAGGAUACACAGUUAUCUCUGGCACAACAAGGUGACACAGCAGUAUCAGAUGAGAAGCCACCAUUAUCAGCAGAACAACCAAUUGAUAUGGAGAUCUCUGAGCCUUCAUUGGAUGAGCAUCUUGUUCAGGACGAAAAUUCGUCUUUAGAUUGCAAAGGCAAUGAUGGUAGGUCAAUAGCAUCCAAAUCACUUAAACCCGGAAAGACACCAUCACCAGAUAAGAUGGAAUAUUGGAAAGAACAUGGCUUUAGCAGCUUGAUUGUUGCUUCCCCGGACUAUGAGGUUGAAAGUUUGGUUGCUGAUCUGCUUCCACUAUUGUCGUAUUCAGCUCCAUUUGCUAUCUAUCAUCGGAAUCUUCAGCCUCUUGCGAUGUGCAUGCAUAGCUUGCAAGGAUCAAAAAUGGCUAUUGGAUUGCAGAUUUCUGAACCCUGGCUUCGUGAAUACCAGGUCCUUCCAUCACGCACUCAUCCACACAUGCAAAUGGACGCAUUUGGUGGUUAUAUUUUGAGCGGCAUAAGGAUACACAAUACAGAUUGUGUAAUAUAGAACAAGUGAGUGAUCAAUAAGGCUUCCGUCCAUCGAGGAAAAGGAAAGCCACCAUUUUAUAUUUUUACGCUAGCUUAAAAGGGACAAAAUUUAGUCCAUAGAGCAGUCAACUUGCAUGUUGAAAUCAAUAUGUGCGAUCAGAUACAAAUUGCGAUGCUUACAGAGAGCAUCUGGGAGUAUAAGGAAAUGAGCAUUGCUACUUAGAUAUGCACCAAACAUGUGUAACUUGUAUCAUUAUGUGUUGUAUCUUUAGAGAAUUCAAACUGAACAUUCUUUUUAUUUGACUACAAGAUUCGAGAAGAGGCAUAGUUUGGUGAUUGUAACAAUCGUAGUGUACCUUCUUGCAACAAGUACUUAAUUGGUUCAAGGUGACAGAUUAAGUAAA